CCCGUCCCUUCUCUCUUUUUAUUUUUCAUUUUUUCACUUCUAUACAAUGUCCUCCUAAGAGAUCACCUUUUUUUGUUAAUGUCUCUCCCCACCAAACGCUCUGCCACUGCCACCGCCACCCCCUCUAGCUCCUCCGCCAGCGCCACCUCUAAUUUUCCUCCUAUGAAGAAGGCCAAGUCCCAGGCUGUCUCUGCUUGCUCCCCUCUUGACCAUUCCUGUAACAAGAACGGCCUCCAUCACUUCAGCUCCGGCACUACAGCCGAUAACGACGUCGUGUUCGACCCCUCUUCAAUGACUCUCGAUGACGAUCCCAAGCUCCAAGACUUCUCUCCUCCCGCCGCCGCUAAUUUGUCCCGCAAAAAGGCCACCCCACCUCAGCCCGCGAAGAAGCUUGUCAUCAAGCUCGUGAAAGCUAAACCAACACUACCUGCAAAUUUUGAGGAGGAUACAUGGGGAAGACUGCAGUCGGCUAUUAAAGCUAUAUUCUUGAAGCAACCAGAUUCCUGCGACUUGGAGAAGCUUUAUCAGGCUGUCAAUGAUCUUUGUCUGCAUAAGAUGGGUGGUAAUCUUUAUCAGCGAAUUGAAAGAGAAUGUGAAGCCCAUAUUCAUACAGUAUUACAAUCUCUGGUUGGACAAAGCCCAGAUUUGGUGGUUUUCUUAUCCCUGGUUGAGAGAUGCUGGCAGGAUCUAUGUGACCAAAUGUUGAUGAUUCGCGGUAUAGCCUUGUACCUUGAUAGAACAUAUGUGAAACAAACCCCAAAUGUACGUUCAUUGUGGGACAUGGGCUUGCAGCUUUUCCGGAAGCAUCUUUCAUUGUCCCCUGAAGUUGAGCACAAAACUGUUACAGGCCUUUUGAGAAUGAUUGAGAAGGAAAGGUUAGGUGAAUCAGUUGAUAGAACUCUCUUAAACCAUCUAUUGAAGAUGUUUACUGCUCUAGGAAUUUAUGCUGAAAGCUUUGAGAGACCAUUUCUGGAUUGCACGUCUGAAUUUUAUGCUGCUGAAGGCAUGAAAUACAUGCAGCAAUCAGAUGUUCCAGAUUACUUAAAGCAUGUGGAGAUUAGGUUGCAAGAAGAAAAUGAAAGAUGCUUACUCUAUCUUGAUGCAAGUACUAGAAAGCCACUAAUAGCAACUGCAGAAAGACAGCUUCUUGAACGUCACAUAUCUGCAAUUCUGGAUAAGGGGUUCAUGAUGCUAAUGGAUGGGCACAGAAUUGAGGAUCUUAAGAGAAUGUACUCAUUGUUCUUAAGGGUUAAUGCCCUUGAGUCAUUAAGGCAGGCUCUUAGCUCAUACAUACGUAGAACUGGGCAAGGCAUUGUCAUGGAUGAAGAAAAAGAUAAGGAUAUGGUUUCAUGCUUGUUAGAAUUUAAGGCUUCUCUUGACACAAUAUGGGAAGAAAGCUUUUCUAAGAAUGAAGCAUUUUGCAAUACUAUAAAGGAUGCAUUUGAACAUCUAAUUAAUCUUCGUCAGAACCGACCGGCAGAGUUGAUUGCAAAGUUUCUGGAUGAGAAGCUUCGUGCCGGAAAUAAGGGGACUUCUGAAGAGGAGUUGGAGGGUACACUUGAUAAAGUAUUGGUGUUGUUCAGGUUUAUUCAGGGCAAGGAUGUGUUUGAAGCAUUUUAUAAGAAGGACCUUGCUAAAAGACUACUAUUGGGAAAAAGUGCCUCUAUUGAUGCAGAGAAAUCUAUGAUAUCAAAGCUGAAGACUGAGUGUGGCAGCCAGUUUACAAACAAACUUGAAGGAAUGUUUAAGGAUAUUGAACUAUCAAAGGAGAUAAAUGAAUCCUUCAAGCAAUCAUCGCAAGCCAGGACAAAACUUCCAUCAGGGAUUGAGAUGAGUGUCCAUGUCUUAACGACAGGGUACUGGCCUACAUAUCCACCCAUGGAUGUUAGGCUUCCUCAUGAGCUGAACGUCUAUCAGGAUAUUUUCAAAGAGUUCUACUUAAGCAAGUAUAGUGGCAGGCGAUUAAUGUGGCAAAAUUCAUUGGGUCACUGUGUGCUGAAAGCUGAAUUUCCAAAAGGUAAAAAGGAGCUGGCAGUAUCUCUAUUUCAGACUGUCGUUUUGAUGUUGUUUAAUGAUGCCCAAAAGCUUAGUUUUCAAGAUAUUAAGGAUGCUACUGGCAUAGAGGACAAAGAACUGAGACGGACUUUGCAGUCUCUUGCAUGUGGCAAAGUUCGUGUCUUGCAAAAGAUCCCUAAAGGGAGGGAUGUGGAGGAUGAUGAUUUAUUUGUUUUCAAUGAGGGAUUUACUGCUCCUCUAUAUCGGAUAAAGGUCAACGCAAUCCAGAUGAAGGAAACUGUAGAGGAGAACACAAGCACCACCGAGAGAGUAUUUCAAGAUCGUCAAUACCAGGUUGAUGCUGCUAUUGUUCGGAUAAUGAAGACGAGGAAAGUACUAAGUCACACACUUUUAAUUACUGAACUCUUCCAACAGCUGAAGUUUCCUAUCAAGCCAGCUGAUUUGAAGAAAAGGAUAGAGAGCCUAAUUGACAGGGAGUACCUUGAGCGAGACAAGAACAACCCUCAAAUAUACAAUUACCUGGCAUGAUCCAUUUUGCCUCAGUUAAACAGGAAAAAUUUGCUUGUAAAUGGCAGGGGAAAUGUGAGACCUCAUUGAGAGGCAAUUGAGUCCCUGUCAGAUGAAUGUACAGUAAGUUGUAGUGGUUUAAUUUUGUUGCAGUCAACACUCUAAUUGUAAAGCAUAUUUAUCUUCUUUUUCAUACUUUUUCCUGCUGUA